AUGCUCUCACAAUACAUCUUCGUCAUCGUCGCCGCAUGCGCUGCCGGCUCGUUCGCAUCUAUCGCGACCUGUAAAGGAAGCUUCUACGCCGGCGCCUGCCAGGACAUCUUCGCACCUGGAGCUCGUCACGACGCACUCACGCAGAGCUGCUGCCAACCUCCCCAUGGCACAACAUAUCAUGAUGGCCCCGGAACAUUUUGCUGCACCAAUGCUGACUCCUCCGCCAUUGCUUACUUGUCUUCAUGCUGUUCCAACGGCGGGAAGAGACAGAUCAACUUCAACCCCGUGCGGAGCGACUGA